AAACUCGAUUGCUUCACUGACAAGUAGAGAAGGAGGCCUGGAAGGGAGAGAAGCCAAGCGCAGGGACCAGAGCACAGGAGGCGGCCCCGCAGGCGCGGGCGGGCGGGGCGAGCCCUGUGCUCCCUGGAAGGUCCCGCGCUGCCCUCCCCUCCGCCCGCCCCGAACAGCGGCGACACCUGGGUGGCGCAGCCGGCUGCGAGCGCUGGGCGGCAGAGAGAGGUUGGCAGCCCGGAGGAGGUAGAGCGGGCAGCCGGGGCUGCGGCGGAGACUCGGCGCGCGCUCUGGGUGUGACUUUUCUGUCUACUGGCGGUGUCGCUGGGACUGCUUUCUGGUCCUGCUCUGGGUCUUGGAGUAGCUGGAGGAGUUGGUGUAGAGAGAGAUUUUUUUGUUGUCCUUGCUAUCCUGGCUGCUACAACGUGAACCACCGGGGCGGCAACCAACAAGCUUCAUCCCUCAGUUUCUCCUUUAGUUAGGAGUUCCUUCUGCUGCCCUCGCCGCCGUGUGUCCGCGAAGCUAGGGACACCAGGUUAAGGAUGCAGCAAGGAGGCUGUUGCUCAAGAUGGUGAUGAGGGUGGAGAUACUGUGUCUAAGACUGGUCCAGAGAAGGUGCACUGAAGGAAUUCUGCUAAAGACCCAAGCAAGGCAUGCAUCCUCCUCCUGAGACCUGUUCAUCCUACAGACCGCUGCUACCUUGAGGGACCUUGCUGUCACGACUUUGAUGUCAUCUGCCUAAAAUUUUUGUGGAGCCCAGAUAAGACUUUCACCACCAAAUAAGAUACCAUUUACUUUUGCAUCCUGUAAUCAUCCUGGCUGUAGUCUCAGCUGUUUUUUGCCGAGAAUCCCAAGCUACAUUUGUUACAAUUGUUCCUUUUGUGGAAGCUGUGCUCCAAAAUGAUCGACUUAAGUUUCCUGACAGAGGAGGAGCAAGACGCCAUCUUAAAGGUUCUGCAGAGGGAUGCUGCCCUGAAGAGGGCUGAAGAGGAGAGAGUCAGACAUCUGCCUGAAAAAAUUAAGGAUGACCAACAACUAAAGAAUAUGAGUGGCCAAUGGUUUUAUGAAGCUAAGGCAAAAAGACACAGGGACAAAAUCCACGGUGCUGACAUCAUCAGAGCAUCCAUGAGAAGGAAGAAGCUCCCAGCGGCAGCUGAGCAGAAUAAGGACACAGCAAUGAGGGCAAAGGAGAGCUGGGUGAAUAAUGUUAACAAAGAUGCUGUCCUUCCUCCAGAGAUAGCUGUUGUGGAAGAGCCAGAAGAUGACACAGAUCCCGCAGGCCCAAGUUCCAGUUUGGUGGAUCCAGCUUCCAGUGUGAUUGAUAUGUCCCAGGAAAGUACGAGGACUCCAGCUGUGUCUCUGCCCAAGCAAAGGAAGAAUCCAUUCAACAGCCCCAAGCUGCCGGAAGAUCACUCCUUGCAACAAACCAAACCCGAGCAGUCAAAAACUGGAAAAGCUGGUUUAUUUCAGAUUUCAAAAGAGGGUGAGUUGUCAGAAUCAAAAGAAAAGUCAUCUAUCCCAGAUAUGCCACGUCAGCAGUUAGAGAAACCAAAGCAAACUGUAUCCACAGAGCCUGAAAAUGCGUCUCAUACCAAAGCUCCAAUCCCCAAAGCCAGAAAACUGAUCUACAAAUCAAAUGACUUAGAGAAAGAUGAUAACCAGUCUUUUCCCAGACAACGGAGGGACUCCCUGAAUGCGAGAGGGGCUCCAAGAGGGAUCCUAAAGCGCAACUCCAGUUCCAGCAGCACGGACUCAGAGACCCUCCGUUUAAAUUACAACCUUGAUCCGAAAAGCAAAAUCCUAUCACCUGGCCUAACCAUCCACGAGAGAAUCUCUGAGAAGGAAUUUUCUUUAGAAGACGACUCUUCCACAAGCUCACUAGAGCCGUUAAAGCACGUGAGAUUCUCUGCCGUGAAGAAUGAGCUUCCACAAAGUCCUAGACCCGUCCUUGGCCAGGAAGUGGGAGAAUUUACUGUUUUAGAAUCUGACCAGUUGCAAAAUGGAACUGAAGAUGCAGGGGACAUAGAGGAGUUUCAGAAUCACCCAGAGCUCUCCCACAAAACACCUUUGUCUCAUUAUCAGUUAGUGUCAAGCCCAAGCGAUUCAGGAAGGGAAAGAGAACAGCUGAUGUCUUCUGGGUCUGCUCCAAGAGAUGAGAUCCCUUGUCAUUCAGACAUUCUACCCACAGGACCUCAGUGUGUUGAGAGUUCAUCCGUCAUCAAUGGGCAACAAGAGAAAUCAUCACAUUUUACAAAGCUUCCAUCAGAAUUGUCCAAAAGCCCUUCCGAUGAACUGACUCAGUGUGGUGAGCCUGAGCCAUCACAGACAGCAGACCACAGUUUUAGAGACCAUCGGCAAGGUAAGCCCCUUCUCAAGGCUCUCACUGCUCAGACAUCCUCACAUGUGGGUCCAUGUGCUACAGAGAUAAGGAAGACAACUGACGAGUCCAUAUCUAAAGUCCUAGACUGGUUUAACCGAAGUUCUCAUACAGAGGACACUAUGUCAUCCCUCCAACAUCUCCAAGGAAUAGAUCUCAAACAGCAAACAGACUCAAAAGCACAGAUUAGCAACGCCUUGAUGACAGACAAUACCUGUCUGGAAGAAGACGACUCAAAAGUCCCAAUGCCCACUAAAGUUAAGUUGAAGCCUGUGAGGUCUGACUUGGCAUUCCAAGAAGAAGGAGCUAUGCUGGUUUCUGUAACUUGCCAAGAUAGUGAUGCACUUCUCAAGUCUAACUCUGAGAAUUUGUCCCAACAAGGCACCCACAAGGAAGGUCCAGAUACACUGCAACGAUUUGAAACCUACAGAAUCCCAAGUCGCAGGAAUGAAAACAAGGGUGGUAGCCAAGGUUUGGAGAGUACAGAAGGAGUGGGGACCCUUCCUGCAGACGGUGACGACCUGCUCAGGGCUCUGAAAAGGUCUGAUUCAGAAGCCCAAGUCCCAUGGAACACUAACCAUCCUGAAAGCUUAGGUAAAGAAGAAACCGAAUUCCAUCUGCCUCAAAAAAGUAAGGGGAGCACACAUAUAAAUUCAGACUCUUCAGUAAUUGUCCUAGGCUCUAUUUUGAAAGAUGAUACAGAGAGGAAAAGCAAAACCAAGAAGACUUCCCUCCUAAAAUCUUCCCUAGAGACAGAGAAUAGUGCAUUACCCCUUGGGGCUGCCGACAAUGGAUCUUCUUGGAAGAAGCCUGAGGACCAAAAAGAAGCCAGUGAGGACCCCAAGAACCAAGUGCUGAGAGAGAAAUACAAGCGAGUGAGCGACCGAAUAUCUUUUUGGGAAGGAGGCAAAGCUGGUGCUAAGUUAAAGGCAUCACAGCUCACAUCUUCUUGCAGCCAGCAGCUUUCUGCUAAAGCACACCAGCCCAGGAAGUCACAAGUCAUGUCCCUGGGCAGUUUAUCUUCAGGUCAAAGUGACUAUAGUGAAGUCACAGCUAAACCAGUGGUCUUUGAUGAGGAUGGCCAAGCACCCCAUCUCUCACGUUUUGAUUCCUCAAAUAAACCUGAAACAACCAGGCCCCUGAUGUCAGGUCUAUCCAAAAACUAUGCUGUAGGUAACCAGUCUGAUAAAGUAACUCAACUUCAAACUAUGGGGAAUGAAACACACCCUUCUUUGGAGAAAGACAGACUUGUGAUUGAUAAAUCAAAUGGCAGCUUCAAAGUUCUGUCCCUAAGAGAAAGAAUGGAUGAACCCAAUACAGAACAAGUCUAUAGUCACUCUCAGUUUGAGAAUCUGAGGAAGUUUUGGGGCCUGGGAGCUAAUGUAAACAGUAAACACAAUGAUGGGAAUAAUACAGCAACAAACAAACAAACUUCUGUGCCACUGAACAUCCAGAAAUCCAAGGAGUUUAACGCCAUGAAAUUAUCAAGAGAAAAGACCCAGGAAGUAGAAGAAGGAAGACACUUAAGGCAGGGAAAUGUUAUAGCUGCAGAAGAGAUGGAGAAAUUAAACUUUAAGUGCAUGCCUCAAGAACCACCAGAUGAAACCAUAUUUCCGCAAAAAACACUCUCAAUUGAGCCUUCAAAGGAAAAUGAAGGAAAAAAUACAGAAUACUUUGGUACUCAGGUGAUUAAAAAGGCUUGCUCAGAGCAAGAGAUUCAAGAAUCCAUAGUGAAAACAAGCAUUUUGCCUAAAGUCUCGAAAGACACGUUCAAUGACAGGUUACAGAAGUUGCUGGCAGAAGCCACAUUACCAGCAAGCCAGACUUCUGGCAAGGAAGUUCAUGAACAGCAAGCACUCAAAGUAGGUGUUUCUGAAAAUGGGAAAAGUUUUGCCAAGGAUGAGGAAGAAGUCACAGGGCUCAGGGAGAGCCCCAAAGAGCCCCAAAGAAGAAAUCAGCAGGACUGUAGUGUAGACAAACUCCUAAAGGAAUCAACUAGAACUCCAUUGAGUCCCUUACAAUCCCCGCUGGAAGCUGUUACUACUAGACCCAUCUCCCCGCUUAAAGAUGACCUAUUGUUUGAAAAGUGGAUGAAAGAGAACCACAGUCCUUCAGCAGAUCAGAGAGAGAUCACAGCUCCUUUUCCACAGGGUGUUGGAAUUUUGGCAGGUGCAGAUCUCAUCCAGAAGGACAAACAUUGUAACACAGAAGCUAUGCUUCAGUUGGCUGCAGAAGGCUCUCCUCCAUUGGCUCAGCUUCCCCAUUGUUUUGAUGGAGUUUCCAGUUCUCCAGCAGAUAUGUCUUUAUCUUGGGAUGCUCAGCUUCCAUCUGAGAACGGCACGUUGCCUUCUCAGAAGGAAAUUUCGGAGGCUAUAGAGAAAGUUGUUCUUCCUUCCAAACCAGCAGCAACUGAUGUAAAUGCUGUGUUACAAAAGCUACUUAGAGAAGCUGGAGAAGUGGACGCCAAGCUCCCUGAAAGAGAGCAGACAGCAGGUACACCCUCAUGUCCUCAGAGAGUGAGUCCCCUAUGGCCUGCUCCAGACCCUGUUGUUCCAAAUAAGGACUUCCAUUCUUUUUGCACGGUUCCUGAUACAACUCAUGAAGGUCGGUCUCACUUAUCUGCCAGAAUGUCACCAUCAGCACAUGCCACUAUGUCACCCACUUCUACUGUAACUCAGUAUGGCCAGAGGCUACUUCAGGAAGUGGCAGAGACAGUGAGGGAAACAGUCAUUCAGCCCAAGUCACAGUACCCUGAAUUCAGGGCUGGCUUGGAAAAACUACUGAAGGAAACACUACAAACAUCCCUGUCAAAAGAUAAAAAGGAUACAAUGACUAUUUCUCCAUCAGCCUUAACAGGUAGCUGUGAGAUGUCCCAUCAACUUUCUUCUGAAUUCCAUCUUACAGAAAUACAAGAAACUGUAGAGAAGGCUGAGGCUCCAUCAGUAACUGAGAGUAGUUUUGAUGUUGGUCUUGAGAAACUUCUUAAAGAGAUGUCGGAAGGACCUUGCCAGCUCCAGGCAUCAGGGAGAAGAGACACUUUAGAGAAGCAGCCUUCGCAAGUAGAGCAAGCAGGGUUCAUGGGGGAAAUACCCCAUCAUAUUUUGGAUGGCCCAGGAGCCUCUAAAAUGAAGGUUUCAUGUAGUGGUUUGGAAUCUCAAAUCAGCCAGUGUGAUAAGCAAUUAGGAGGAGAUGAAGCUGUGACUGGCCCAUUGAUAGAUGUCCAGGAUAACAAAAGUGGGUUUGAGGUCCCUGAAUGCUCACAACUUCAUGAAGACCAUAAAAUAGAGACCAAUGGAACUAUACAAUUUGUAGAGGACAAAGGCAGAGAAAAGGUCAUUACAGGAGAAACACAGGCUUCCCAGGAACCAGGCUUUGAAGAAGCUCCUAAAGAAAUGAGUGUGUCCAGAAAUAAGCACUCCAUUGUUCUUCUGGAAACAAAAGGAAAGGCUAUAAAAACGAGGGAAGUUAAGUUGGUACUAGCAACACCAUAUAAGAGACAAGAGGAAGAGCAAGGGCCAGAGGCAUGCUCAGAAUAUGAGUUUUCAGAUGGGAACACCAGCUCUAACCGGGAGAACUGGAGAAAUACCUCCAGUUCAGAAGAAGAGCACAGCCCUGUUUUGAAAACUCUGGAAAGAAGAGCUGCUAGGAAAUUGCCUUCCAAAAGUCUAGAAGACAUUCCAUCAGAUUCAUCAAAUCAAGCAAAAGUAGAUAAUCUGCCUGAAGAAUUAGUGCGUAGUGCUGAAGAUGUUUCCACAGUGCCUUCACUGCCUGAUAAUCAGUUUUCCCACCCUGACAAACUCAAAAGGAUGAGCAAGUCCGUGCCAGCAUUUCUUCAAGAUGAGAGCGAUGACAGAGAAACAGACACAGCAUCAGAGAGCAGCUACCAGCUCAGGAGAUACAAGAAGAGCCCCAGCUCAUUAACCAAUCUUAGCAGCUCCUCUGGCAUGACGUCCUUGUCCUCUGCGAGUGGCAGUGUGAUGAGCGUUUACAGUGGAGACUUUGGCAACCUAGAAGUGAAAGGAAGCGUGCAGUUUGCACUCGACUACGUGGAGUCCCUGAAAGAGCUGCAUGUGUUUGUGGCCCAGUGUAAGGAUUUAGCAGCAGCAGAUGUUAAGAAACAGCGCUCAGAUCCGUAUGUAAAGACCUAUCUGCUACCAGACAAAGGCAAAAUGGGCAAGAAGAAGACACUCGUAGUGAAGAAGACCUUGAAUCCUGUAUACAACGAGAUAUUGCGGUAUAAAAUUGAAAGGCAAUUCUUAAAGACGCAGAAGUUGAACCUGUCCGUUUGGCAUCGGGAUACAUUUAAGCGCAACAGCUUUCUGGGGGAGGUGGAGCUCGACCUGGAAACGUGGGAUUGGGACAGCAAACAGAACAAACAGCUGAAGUGGUACCCACUGAAGAGGAAGACAGCACCAGUUGCCCUCGAGACAGAAAACAGAGGUGAAAUGAAACUAGCUCUCCAGUAUGUUCCGGAACCAAGCCCUGGCAAAAAGCUUCCUACAACUGGAGAAGUCCACAUCUGGGUGAAGGAAUGCCUUGACCUCCCACUGUUGAGGGGCAGCCACCUAAAUUCUUUUGUUAAAUGUACCAUCCUUCCAGAUACCAGUAGAAAAAGUCGCCAGAAGACAAGAGCUGUAGGGAAAACCACCAACCCCGUCUUCAACCAUACCAUGGUGUAUGAUGGGUUCAGGCCUGAAGAUCUGAUGGAAGCCUGUGUAGAACUCACAGUCUGGGACCAUUAUAAACUAACCAACCAGUUUCUGGGAGGUCUCCGGAUCGGCUUUGGAACAGGAAAAAGCUACGGGACUGAAGUGGAUUGGAUGGAUUCUACUUCUGAGGAAGUUGCUCUCUGGGAGAAGAUGGUAAACUCUCCCAACACUUGGGUUGAAGCGACGCUGCCCCUCCGGAUGCUUCUGAUUGCCAAGCUUUCCAAGUGAUCCUAGUCAGCCGAUUCCGCCAUCAAAAACUACGCCCCAGGGGCAUCUGAACUGGAGAGUUGGCCUCAUGGACAAAUACCCUCUCCCGUUGUCACUAAUGACUUUUAGAAGCAUGCUCAACUUAAUCUGCAUGCAUUUCUUUGGUUGCACGACUCAAGGGAGUUAAACGAUGACAAGAUGUACGGCCCAGAAGAAGUGUGGCGUGAUGCCGACAUUCAAGGAGAGAGUUGAACAAGCUAGGAAAACUGAACUGUUGCUUCCACACCAAAGAAAAAGCUAGCUUCACAUGUUUCCUACCACAAUCCGUGUUGCAGUGCAGGCCUGCCGUUUGGUUAUUGAAAUGCUUGCUGGGCUUCUAAGUAAGAAGGUUUUGGGCAAAGCAAUGAGGAAACUCCUGGGAUGGGGUGGAGAGAGAAAGGACAGCGGUGAAGACAAUGACCUACAUAAUAUGACGAAUUUACUUAGUAACCUCUAAUGAAACAUUGAAUUCCAUGUUAGGGCAGUAAGACUGACUUCACUGCUCAUAAAUCUGCCUUGAGAAAUCCCACACACACCCGGACUCCUGUAACCUCACCUUCUCAGUCUCAAAUGGACUUUGGUGCCACCUACUGGCUGCAUAUGGAAUUCAGCUCUUGGCUUAUUUUGGCUUAAUUUUUGCUAAAGUGGGUGGCAAGUCUAUAUUUUAUAAGACUAUGCUAAAAUAUUGCAUAUAGUUGAUGGUUUUCUUAUGAUUUUACUAUAUAAAAACAGCAUUAAAGUAUUCACAUAUAUGCUUUGCUACAAAGUUUUAAUCAGAAUAUAAAUUGCUCAACUGUAUUGGACUUCCUAUGUAUAAUUUUCAUAAGGUCUUUUGUAAAAACCCUUAGAAUAAAUUAUCAUGGUUUAAAUUGCA